AUCGCAAAGUGGUCCAGAGAUAUUAAUCAGCAUCAUCAGAAGUCGAGUUGAUCUUCCGGUUCCUUCCGGCAUAUUUGUCGCCCUGGUAACCAAAUCUGUGCAGUACACAAAUAAUGCAACGAUCGUUGCCGACCUUGCCGACAGAUCCUAGGCCGACAGCACCGCCUCCGCAGCAGAUUCUGAACUACACCAUCGCGAGUGAUAUCCAAUUCAGCAGUGACAGAACCACCACCAUGAAUGGAAACGCGUGUUCCCCGUUUCUCCUGCACUCACAGCACGAGCAACAGCAGUAUCUGUCCUAUCCACUGUUCGAGGGCCCCUUCCAGAUCAUCGAACCGGGUAGCGAUCUGUACGACGAAAUGGAAUCCGAUUUCGGCGGCUCAGCAAUGGCGCUGGAGGAUCUGUUCAUUUCCGAGAAUGGAAUUCCGCAGGAUGUGCUGGAAGAUGUCUUCCGAAUGGACGAUGACAUCGAGGCUGUAGGUAGGACGCUUCCGAAUCAGUAUCCCGUCGCCAAGGGUCUCUCGCUGGACGAGUAUGAAAAGGAACUGGUCGCAGAGAUGGAGAAGAUGUUCCCGCGGGAAGCGUUAACGCCACCGGCAGCUCCUGUUCCAUUGCUGAAAAGUCGAUUAAUGGAGGAGUUGGUCCGAAAUGAUCUUCCGGAGAAUCCAUAUUAUAUGAACGUGCAAUUGAGAUCGGGUGGACCCAGAAAUGAGCAAAAGAUGGACAUAAUUCAGCGUGACUCUCAGAGAGGUCUCCGACGCGUCGAAAUGACCGACAGCAACGGAAUCUCCUUCAAGGCCAACUAUUACCACCGACAAAGAAUCGGAAAUCAACUCAAAUCCGCGCCGCCGAUAAACACCGCCCUUCAGCAUCGACGGGUGGCAGAGCUCCUCCAAUCGCCGCCACUAAGGAACUUGAGCCCUGCCAUGGCCAGUAAGAUCGAAUCCUUGACCAGCGGUAACCGAAAUGUUACCAUCACGCCGGUUCGUCAACCUCCCCCGCUUUCUCCGGUUACUCCGCGGAACAUUUCACCGUCCUCGAGCGUCUUCACCAAGAACCCCAGAAGAACGGUGGUCAAUUCUACACCCGUGGAACCGGUUGCACCGCCGCCACCAACACCCAUCGAUUUCCCCUUUCCUAUGGCGAUGGUCAAACAAGAACCCCCGGAUGAGAUCGAUUCCACACCCAUUGAAGUUCCGGUAAUCGUCCCAACUGCGAUCACCAACAAGCAACCCCGAAAGCAGAAUCUUCAGUCCCUGUCGCAGUGCGAUAUGGAGCUAGAGAAAGCCAACACCGACCACGUGAUCCCUCUUCCGAUCGCUAUGGGCGGGUCGGGACAUCGUGAUCUGUCGGUAGUUCGAAAGACUAUGCAACGCCCUCCUCCGAAUGAUUUUGUCACCGUCACAAUCAAGGAUGCCAAUAACAACGCCGAUAGUAAGCAUGAUAAUGAAUCAUCUGCUCCCAUCCGUUCGACGACUCCACGCGCUACUCUCGUGGCUUCGAUUCCACCCUCCAACCAAGCACUGCCGACAGCCGGUAGAUACCCGUUUAAGAAACGUUCGCUUGUCACGCACUAUCGAGUUCAAAUGCAACCCAAUCAGAAACGGAUCUCAGGUCAGCCGUUAGAAACGAUCGAAAUUUUAGAUUCCUCCGAAGAUGAGGAAGGAACCAACGGAUCUAGCACUGGCACCGCCACUGCUCCCGAAUCCGAAACUGAAGAUAUCCCCAAACCGAAGCUCCCGGGCAACACCGAGUCAAUACAGUGUCCCUUCUGCUGCAAGGUUUUUUUCUCCUCCCACUUGUUGAUGUUGCACGGCCAGAACUGUGCCGACGCCAUGCUGUUUGAUAACACUCCCACCACCCAGAAACAAACCCCCGACAACGUUAGCAAACGAUCGUCAAAUAGAGGCAAAAGCUUGCUCAAGCCUGCCACCGAAACCGGUGCGAAAUCUACGGAAAAACAGGACCCACCAAUAACCGGGCCCAAACAAAAGACCUCGGCAGAAUCUAAGCCAAAGCGACCGCCCAUUCCAAGGUCCUCGAUGCGGUUGAGCAUCGAGAUACUGCCGUCCGCUUUCAGCAUCGAUAACCUGCUGCUGUGUGAGGUAUGCAAGAAGACAUUCCGCAGCCAGGAGCAUCUGGACGUCCAUCAGAAGAUUCACAAGACGCCCACCGUGUGUAACUACUGCAAGAAAAAGUUCUACGAAACGCCGCGAAAGCACUACUGCCAGGAGAUGAAGCGUUCGAAGCAACGUAAGUAACAAACUGCAAAACUGUUACCUAAUAUUAACAUUGCAGUGGCCGAGAUGGGGGAGCUGUUUCGAUCAUACAAUUACUUUUUUGUUUUGAAGGAUUACAGUAGCUACACUAUUCAAGUAUUAAAUGAAGUCAUUCAAUAUCGAUUAAAAAAUCAAAUGUUAGAUAAAAAUACUCUCUCCUUAAUUUAUUUUCUUCAAUAUUCAUUACUUUCUUUUCUCAUUAAGUUGAUUUGUUUUACUAUGUUUUAGGAAUAAAAAAUAUUGAAAUCGA